AUGGUACAUUCGGACUUUGAUGUGGUUAUCAUUGGUGGCGGGAUGGUGGGCUCCGCUCUGGCCUGCGCGCUCGGCAGCACACCCGCGACUGGCCAUCUGCGGGUGGGACUGGUGGAGACCAGCGUGGUGGCCCCGCUCCACCCGCUGCCGCCGACGCCCGAUCUGCGCGUCGUGUCCGUCAACCCGGCUUCGGCCCGGUUGCUCCAGGCCGUCGGCGCGUGGGACGCCAUCGUCAACGCCCGCGUGGCGCCCUUCUACUCCAUGAAGGUGCCGGCGUACCGCGCCACCGCUCGCCUCCUCACAGGGAAUAACUGA